GCCCUCUGUCGCARUACCGUCURCGCCUCCGCAGACCACCGUCUCCCCUCCUUCCCCACCGCGACUACCGACGCGUGGAGCCAUUCGCUCAGCCCGUUGCAGCGAGUAGCAAGCUGCUCGCUGCAACGGGCUGAGCGAAUGGCUCGACGCGUGGCGAGAAGACGACGCAGUGCAGCGACAUGGAGGGUGAGUCGCUCCUGACGAGCCUGAAGCAUGCUCAAGUCCCUGAUCGCACCCUCCCGAUCAUCCCCGUACGACUUGGGACCUCCACGAGGGUGUACUCAGCGCUGUGGGAUUCCGGUUCUCAGGGCGACUUCAUUCACCCACGCGUGGUGAAGGAAGCCCGCUUACCCACGACAGGGUCUCCGACUCCCAUCUCCGUUACCCUAGGGAAUGACAAGACCUAUCGCUUCUUCGAUCAGAUGGUCACCGACCUCCCCUUCUUCCUCACUCUCGAGCCGACUGAGCGUUCCCCGGCGUCUCGUCGCCACCGCUCCUCUGCACAUUUCGAUGUGAUGGAGACGGGGUACGACUUCAUUCUCGACACUCCGUGGUCUCGUCGGUUCCGCAGCACCGAGGCCGAUUGGGCGACCAACACUCUCGUUCUCAAAACGAAGUGUGGACAGACGUAUCGCGUACCUUUCAUAGRUACCACGACGACACCAUGCCCCGAUCCUCCUCCCCCGGAGCCUUCAGUGCCCACACCAUCUCCCUCUAUCACUGUCACCUCGCCUCGGCAGUUCGCUGACUUCAUUCGUCAGGACGACAUCACCUUCUUUAUGGUGGACGUGAUGGAUCUCUUACACUAUGAUCCACCCUUUCGUGACCUCAUCCGAGAGUACCACGACGUUUUUCCAUCGUCGUUCUCGUACGCCGGCAUCCCACCGAUGCGUGACGUCGAGCACUUCAUUCAGCUCGUGCCGGAAUAUCGUGUUCACCACCAGGCACCCUACAGACUCUCGAUCCCCGAGGCCACGGAACUCAAGCGUCAGCUUGAGGAGCUCCUGAGACUGGGUUUCAUUAAACCCAGCAACUCCCCGUGGGGUGCACCCGUCCUCUUUGCUCGCAAAGCGGAUGGAACUCUUCGUCUCUGCAUCGACUACCGCGGCCUUAACCGCUACACGGUUAAGAACAGCUACCCCAUGCCUCGUUCCGAUGAGCUGUUCGACCGCCUAGCAGGCAACUGCUUCUUUACGAAGAUUGAUCUUCGUAGCGGUUACCAUCAGAUCCGCGUCGCUGCAACCGACCAGCCGAAGACCGCGUUCCGCUCGCGAUUCGGCCACUACGAGUUCACGGUGAUGCCAUUCGGCCUCACCAACGCACCCGCUACCUUCCAGAGGGCGAUGAACGACAUCUUCAGGGACCUGCUGGAGCAGUACGUUCUCGUCUACCUCGACGAUAUCCUGGUCUAUAGUCGUACCCUUGAGGAGCACCUCAGACACCUCCGCGACGUCCUUGACCGCUUGCGCAGACAUGGCUUCUACGCCAAGCUUAGCAAGUGCCGCUUUGCCCAGCACAAAGUGGAUUUCUUAGGACACUACGUGGUUGCAAGUGUCAACUGGCCCCAAUUUAGUCAGUAUGUACAGAUGUCAUGUGCCCAGGAGCGCCGUGUAGAAAUGAUUCAAGAUCUUUACAAGCUUGAACGAACUGAAGCUGGGCCAGAACAUGGAGGCAUAAUCAUAAAACUGCUGAAGAGGAUAUACAAACUGAACAAUUGUAGUUGGAAGCCUGAACGGAUUCUGUUCUACAGGGAUGGUGUGAGCGAAAGCCAGUUCAACCAGGUUGUGAAGUAUGAGCUUGAUGCUCUUGAACAGGCUUUUUUUGGAAUAGAUCGAGCGUAUAAACCAAAACUCACUUUCAUUGUGGUGAGAAAGAGACAUCAUACGAGAAUGUUCAGCACAUCCAGAGGAGAAGAAGACAGAUCUGGCAACGUCCGCCCUGGGACUGUUGUUGAUUCGGUCAUCUGUCACCCUGUGGAAUUCGAUUUCUUUCUGAACAGCCAUGCUGGAAUUCAGGGAACAAGUCGCCCUGCACACUAUCAGGUGCUGAGAGAUGACAAUGGAUUCACAGCAGAUGGAUUGCAACAACUGACAUAUGCUCUGUGUCAUACGUUUGCACGUUGCACGAGGUCCAUCUCCGUCGCUUCCCCUGCAACAUAUGCACAUUUGGCGGCGUACCGUGCAAGGCACUAUAUGGAAGCGGGGAGCGACUCCGAGACCAGUUCCCAGCAGCAAGGGGAAGCUGAGCACUACUGCAUGCUCAGCAUCCCUCUGUUGUCCUGGUUGCCGGUAGCAGCAUACGGCGGUGGACUACCUGCGGGAUCUGAAUGCAGGGGAUGCUGUGAUGUGCUGUUUUGCCAGCAUACGGCGGUGGACUACCUGCGGGAUCUGAAUGCAGGGGAUGCUGUGAUGUGCUGUUUCGCCAGCAUCCAUCGUGGUUACAACCGCCACGCCGGAUUUGUUCCGUCGAAAUUUGGUGUGGAACGAGAGAACGAGUACACGAUCGUCUUGGUAUUGAUGCCGUAGUACGGACAGCGUGCUAGUCGUCGCCAAAUUCACUAAUCGUAAUGAUCCUGCUGUUUUGCUGUCAUAGUAUCAUAUAGAUGUCCUCACUGAUUUCAAUUGAUUUGUGCAUUUGCGUCAAAUACAGUUCGGAGAGAGACGGCGACUAAGUAGUGAGUAGCAUGGCCCUUGCACUCUGGUAUGUACGGCAGUGCGUACUGGGAGUCGACAGAUUAGAGGUUAAUCUGUUGCCAGCGUAUUUGGUUAACGUAAAGGCAGUGCUCGAUUUGUGUGCUUGUCUGAUGUUAGGCCUUCUUGUUUUCUUUUUUGUCUUUUUUUUUUUUGGUUUUUUUUUUCUGUCCUUCAGGACAUCCGCUAGAAUUGGAACGGUACAGAGAAGAUUAGUGUGGCCCCUGCUCAAGGAUGACACACAUAAAUCGAGAAAUAGUUAUUUAAAAAAAAAAAAACAGAAGGCUUCUUGUUUUUUGGUGUUCAGGCGAUACUGUUAGCUAUGUUCACUGCAAGCAGGGCUCAAAGGACCACCAUCUAUUUGGCUUCCUGUUGACAGUGACAGUGUCUAUUCUCGCGUAGGCAGCUUAUAUCCUACGGGCCAGCUUACCAGUAGGGAAGUUACAGUGGACCUGUGGAGUUGUGACGAGGGUUGCAGCCAGGGUUAUGGAUGCGAGCUAUCCCUUUCUGUGAGGUGUGACCAGUCAGUCCAGUAGUACUGAGGAUGGAUCAAAUGACUCGAAAUGAGGCACACAGAAAGUUAUGGGUGGGAGCUAUCCCUGUCUCCGCAGGACAAUGUCAGACCCAUAGGCUCCUGGCAAUUCAGCAGCAGUUUGGCUUCACCAUCCCCGUUCCGUCCCCGUCCUUAGUGCUGAUGUACGGAUCUGAUGGCUCGUGUUGGGAAUCCAUAUGUUUGAAUUUCUAGCAGGUUAUCUCGAACGUUCUGUACGUGAGAAUUAUGUUCCUGUGAUUAUGAGUGUCAUUAUGUGAGUGGAGGCAACUGUGGCCACAAACUGAAUCAGGGAUCAAGAAUCUGCCCAUAGUCUGUCGCGUUAAACCGCUAGUACACCCCGCCCCAGCCUUGCAGAAAAGUUUUUGUCGCCACAAGCAAAACUCGGAGCCACCGCGCGGCCCGGGCGCCAUUAAAGAAGGAAAAAUCGGCGGCCUCCGAAGUAGCGCGGGUUUCGUGUGACACCCGCGGCGGACCUAUGUGUGGUGUAGUGGUGCUUUAAGCACAGCUUCUGUUGCUUUGGUUUGUGUGUGGAAUUCCGUUGACACCUCCUUUUGUUCCCGGUUCGCAGGAUGAACUGCCAGUCUACAGUUCUGCGACCCAAGGAUCUGUGCUUAGCCCUCUGGCCUAUAGAAAGAAGCGGGGGGGAGGGGGGCCAGUGAGGGGGGUAAGAUGUCUUGAUGCUUUAUUGUGGCAUGGAUGAUGUUGCAUAUAUAACUCGUGUCCCUCGUGUCUAGUGUUCCAGGACGAAGGUUCGGACCCUGGUCACUGGUUUUGUUGCUUUUGUUCAGCUGUGGACUGCUAUAGACAGCUCUUUUUCUAGUACUAGACAUCGACUAUUUCUGUUCCUGGUUUAAGUAUAGACAGCUCUUUUUCUAGUACUAGACAUUAACUAUUUCUGUUCCUGGUUCAGGGAAAAAACUGGUUGUGACCAAGGUUCAGAACCUUGGUCAACGUUGGUCACUAACCUUGGUCACUGGUUUUGUUGCUUUCGUUCAGGUUUGGACUGCUAUCGACAGCUCCUGUCGAAUAUAGACAAGCUCUUUGACUCCCCGGCGCAGGGGAUAAACUAAUUGUGACCAAGGUUCUGACCUUUGUCACUGUUUUUGUUGCUUUUGUUCAAGUGUGGACUGCUAUAGACAGCUGCUUAGAGUAGACAUAAACUCUUUAUUCUCCCUGGUUGUUCAGGGGAUAAACUGGUUGGAGACAC